AAUUGCCUACUCAGCAAAAUUAAUAUCAGUAAAAUGGCUGAGCCUGAAGCAGAAUAUGUAGAGACUGUAGAGCACUCUCUAGACAUGGAUGAGCUUGCUGGAAAGUUGGAUGUACCCUUGGAGGUGAUAACGUCCCUGUCUAACAGUGAUGAGUACCGGAUUGUUCUUGAGAAAAUGGUGGAAAUGAUGACCUCAAAAGAACUGGAGUUAACAGAGUAUGAGACUGUUAUUCGGGAUUACAUGGAGACUCACGACCUUGAUAUUCAAGAGAAGGACCAGCAGAUUAGGGAGCUUACACAUCUGAUUGGUGAGCAGACCCAGACGUUGGACCAGGAGUCGACUCUUCGAAAUGAGCUACAGAUCACGAUAUCACGAUAUGCACAGGCUGAGCUGGAGAGAGAGGGAGAAGCAUCAGAAGAGCCGCGGCAAGCUUCAGAACAAUCAGAGCAAUCUUUGGAAGUGAAACAGCAAGCUCUGGAGGAGACACAGAAAGCUUUAGAACAAUCAGAGCAAUCUUUGGAAGUGAAACAGCAAGCUCUGGAGGAGACACAGAAAGCUUUAGAACAAUCUGAGCAAUCCUUGGAAGAGAAGCAGCAAGCUUUGGAGGAGACACUGCAAACUUUAGAACAAUCACAGCAAUCUUUGGUUCAGUCCCAGCAGACUAUAGAAGAUAUGCAGAAAGCGUCCAGAGAGAUGACACAGACUUUUGAAGAGACGUGGGAAGCUCUGGAGACGGCACAGGGAGAGCUGGAAGAAACAAGACAAGAUCUGAAUGAGUUGGAGGAGAGCCUGCAAACCAAACAUAGAGAUUUGGAGGAGUCUGAUGAACUGAAUGAGCAGCUGAGGAGUGAACUUGAGAAUGCCAAGCAGCAGUUAGAGCUAAUGGAGACGGAGCUGACCGGCAGCCGUGAGAGAGUGGCAGAGCUCUCCCUACCUCCUCCAGAAGUCCCCGGGGCCGAUAGACAAGAACUACUCAGAAUAUUAGACAGACGACAACAUGAGAUAUCGCGACUGGCAGAGGAGUGGAAGAGUUUGUCCUCACAGCUGGAGAUCACCUCAGCCAAGAAGUCAGAGUUCCAAUCAACAUUGGACGAGCUAGCAGUACAGGAAUCUUCGCUACGACUCAAAGAACAGCUUUUACAACAAGAGAAGACACUCUUCAAAUCACAGAAUGAGUGGCUUUCGUCAGAGCUUCGAGACAAGUCAGAGCAGUUACUCAGUCUACGGAAAGAGAAGGUGUCCUCUCUGUCAGAGCUGGAGUCCAAACUGGCUCAGAAACAAGAUGAGGUGAAGCAUCUCUCCUCCCUGCUGGAAGACCAACGUGAAGCGUACUCUCGUCUAGCGAGUCAGACCGAGGAGUCACUGAACAAGAGCAGGGUAGAGAAAGAGGAGACAGCCACUCUAGAGGAGCACCUCAGGAGAGAGCUGGCACAACAGGCUAAACUGACGGAGCUAUACAAGAGCGCCAGUGUUGAUGCUGAGAGUCGAGUGAGUGAGCUGCUCUCUGGAGUGGAGAGGUUGCAGUCGCUAUUGGAAACACUCUCUGAGGAGAAGGAACAGCUGCAGGCUCAGCUGGACGUUGAGUUCGACAAGGGUGAGAGAGUGGAACGGGACCUCUCUACAAGUCUGGCCUCUAAGAAACAGGAGCUCUCUCGUGCAAAUGACCUCUUAACCUCUAUGCGUCAGUAUAGGGGAUCUCUGUCGGACCAAGAGGUGCUCUCUCUCUCGCCAGCUGCUGCUAAAGCAAGUGCCCUGCUCAAGUCUGGCAAGUCGCUCACACAGAUCUACUCUGAGCACAUUCAGGUGUGUGAGGAGUUGGAGCAAGCUCGGCAGGAGAACCUGAGACUCAACAACUACAUCGAUCAGAUUGUGCAGGAGCUCUCAGAGAAGACACCCGCCCUCCAGAAGUUGCGGCGAGACUACGACAGCUCUGUCCACACCGUCUCUAGUCUCAACCAGAAACUGGACGCCCUAAUGGACGAGUGUGAGAGCCUGAGGCUAGAGGGGGAUGACUCAGUGAGACAAUACCGGGGGACACUGCGCGAGAAGGAGCGACUCAAAGCACUCACCACUGACCUGGGACGCCAGGUUAAGAUCUUGCUCAAGGAGUGUGAGGAGGCCCGUGGGGGUGUGGCUAGUUCUAGUAUGGUGUCACAUGACUAUCACAUGGAUGUGAGCAGUAGUGACAUAUCGAGCUCCUCCCAGAUGAUCACCCGCCAGCUCGUAGAGUUCAGGUCCAUCGAGGAGCUACAAGAGCAGAACCAGCGACUGCUGAGUGUGGUACGGGAACUGGGGGAACAGAACGAACAACAGGAGAAGGAGACCCUCGACCAGCGGACACAGGCUCUUAGGUCCCAGCUGGACGAGGCUCUGGAAGAGGUGCGUGAGUUGCAGCUGUCGAGGGAGAGGCAGACAGAAAUGGUCAAAUCUAUCGUUCAACAACGUGACAUGUACCGCACCCUCCUGGCACAAGCCACACCCCUUCCCACUGACAGUGUGCGCGAGGAAAGCCGAGGGGAUGGUGGGCAUGGCAACCAGGAGCUGACCAAUGAGCUCAAAGAGCUCAAGGAACAGUUUGAGGCGUAUCGUAAGGAGAAGGUUACAAACGACAAGAUGUUAACGAGCCAGGUGGAGGAGACAAGAGAUAAAUGCUCAGAGCUUAGACUGGAGAAUGCCAAACUUGCAUCCAAGUUGGAGCAUGCCAACGAUCGUUACAAGCUCCUUGACAACCAGACCUCCUCCAUCAAGAGAGAACUGGAAGCACUGCGAUCCAAAAACCUGCAACUAAGCAACGCCCUGUCCUCACAUCAGGCAGCCAUCAACACAACCACUCAUGAGCUGCUCUCCUCCAGAGAAAAGCUGUCAAAGGCUGAGGUGGCCGUGCACACAAUGAAGGCUGAGCGUGACCUCCUGGAGUCAGGUGAGAAGAGAGCAAGGAGUCUCUAUGAGGAGCUGCUGAGGGAGCAACGAGGACAUCAGGUGCUGCUGACGAACCUCCAGUCAAUCCAGAACAACCUGGAGAAGAGCGAGUUUGAGACACGUGCCAGACUAGGGUCCCAGAUCGAGGGGUUGGAGAGGGAACUGGCCCUCGCCAAAGAGAGGCUGCAUUCGGAGGAGGACCGCAGGAUCAAGACCAGGGAGGCCUAUGAGAUGCAGGUGAAAGACCUUGAGGGUAGAUUGGGCUCACUGAAGGAGGCCAAGGCAUCGGUGGAUGAGAGACUGACAGCUGCCGAGGAUGAGGGGGGUACUCUGAGGGCGGAACUACAGACUCUCAGGAGCCAGUUGGAUGAGCGACAGACACAGCUGCAGGAGGCCACUGAUAAGAUUCUGCGUCUUGAGGACGAUGCUGGCAGUGAUUUCCGUGGGAGAAUACGAAUCCUAGAGCGACAGCUGGCUGAUGCUAAAGUCAAGGUUCAAGGUUUAGAAGGUCAGUUGGUGUCGUCCAAGAAGCAAGCUGAAGAGUACAAGAAUAUGAGCCAGGCGUACGAGACACAACUAACCGAGCUCAACACAACCACUGAGGAAUUCAAGAACAAGAUGGAGGCGGCUCAGACCUCCUCUCAGCAGCGAGAGCAGGAGCUGACUGAGAGGGUGGGGCAACUGGAGGCUGCAAAGAAUAAAGUGGAUAAUGAGUUACAGCAACUCUCGGAAGAGAAACAAAAACAGGUGUCUGCACUAGAGGCUCAGAUAUCAAGUUUGACUUCCGAUAAAGGUGCUCUCCAAUUGGAACUAUCUACAACUUGUCACGACUUGACGGAGGUUCGAGGAGAUGCUGCCAAAUAUGCUGAGUCAGCAUCUGAAACAAUGUCCAACUAUCAGAGGGAGCUGUCCCAACACGGCAAGACAAUGAACGAGCUCCUAGCCAUCAAAGAUCAGUUGAAGGUGACUCAACAGCAGCUGUCUGAAACUCGUAGCCGUGGUGAGGUGGCGAGUGCUGAGCUGGCAUUUGCUCUCAGUGGUUGGGAGGAGAGGGAGAGACGUCUGUUGGAGCAGUGCAGUUCUCUGGAGACACGGUCCAAUGACCUCACACAACAGAACACUCGGCUGCAUCAGGAGGCGGAGAAGCUGUCUGCCCGAGUGCUGACGUUGCAGGAGCAGGGCGGACUGGACACCAGUGUGGGGAGCCUCGACACCUCGGGGGGUAAUCUAGAGGACAAGUCCACAGAACAGCUCUGGGAGAUCAUCAGGUUUGUUCGUCGUGAGCGUGAGAUAGCAACCACAAAACAAGAGAUGGCUGAGAGUGAGAACACUCGACAUAAACAGCAGGCGGAGCACUUACAGAGACAGCUGUCGACUGCUCAGGCCGGGCUGGCAGAGCUCACUGAGGCAGCACAACUACACAGCGAGAGCACAGUUCAACACACAGAGAUGUUGACCAAGUUGGAGUCACUGAAUGUUCUCAACGACAGCAACAAGCUGCUGCGAGGAGAGAGGGACAGACAAUUGGCCUCUGUUACAGAGCUGGAGGGACGUUGUGAACAGCUGCAGGGAGACAUGGCGUCUCUCAGGGAAACCAACAAACUGCUCACUGCUCACAAGGACGCUCUAGUGGCUGAGAAGACUGCUCUCAGGAAUGAGGUUCAGCGUUGGACCACUCGCACUCAUCAGCUGAUAGAACAGUACAACAAGAUUGACCCAGAGGAGUACAAGAAGCUAGUGGAGGAGCGCGAGAGCAUGACCUCACAGCUGGACUCGCUACGAGAGGAGGUGGUGUCUCUCCAGUCAACUCUGACAGCCUCCCAGACCGUGACACAGGGCCUGGACUCUCAGUGCUCUGGUCUGAAGGAGCAGGUGGACCAAACCACCAAAGAAAAGGAAAGUCUGACAGAUGAGAUGAAACAACUACAGACUGAAGUGACCAGCAAGCAAGAGGAAAUCCAAUCAAAGACCGUACUAGUAGGAAAGCUGAGAGACAUUGGACGCAAGUACCGUCAAUACCACGAGGCAGGAAAGAAAGAGUUGGAAGAAAGCAAGGCUGAAAAUGAAGAACUGAAGAAGAAAUUAGAGGAGUCCCAGGUUGCAUUCGCUGAGGCCUCAUCAGCCCCGCCCCCUCUGCCCGCGGAGGACCUUGACAAGAUCAAGGAGCUGGAGGAGGCCCAGACAACCAUUGAGAGCCUGAAAAGCAGUCUAAAGCUGGCCGAGGACAAGUACAACAAGAUAGUCAAGACGGUCAAAGUGGCCAGGAACAGGAUACAAGCACUCACAACUGAGAAGGACAAGGCGUCUAAAGAAAUUGAGAGUACCACUAGUGAGCGUGACAAACUGAAGGCAGACCAGGAAUCACUCCAACAAGAGCAUACCACUCUCAAAGACAAACAUGAUAUUGAGACGGCCAAACUCAAUACAACCAUCAUCAAACUGCAGCAGGCUCUCAAGGAGAGGGGACCUAGACGCAAGGUUGUCCCCCCAUCCAUAUCAGAGGGUACCUCUUCCCUCCAAUCCUCUGCUCCCACGGCUGCCGUCAAACCCACCGUCACGACCACACCCACUGCCAGUAUCCGACCAAUGGCUCAGACGACCACCGCAGCUCCCAUGGCUCAUGUGACCCCUACAAUGAUGGCACCAGUGGUCAACUCAACCCAGUCUAUGACGACCAGCUCGACCACACCCACUGCUGCAAUGUUUCAACGAUCCGUCUCCUCUCAAAUGGUCAGUCGUAUUCCAGCAACGAGUGUUGUAUCGUCAAGUAUCUCCACCCCCUCAACGUCUACACUCGGCAUUGCUAGGGGUUCUUCUCAAGUCAGCAGAUCUAUGGGGGACGAGUCUCGAGGAGUUACAAAGCGACAGCGUGAGGAGGAGGAACAAGAGGGCGGGGCUAGUACAAGCGUUGUGCCCCCAGCCAGUAAACGGAAGAAGCCCCUUGUGGCGAGGGUACGACAGAGACAGAUGGAAGUGACUGCAUCUAGUUCUCCCUCCCCCGACACACAGGGGGAGACUCCUCCUAGCAACGGGGAUGGAGAGUCACAGGCAACAGAGUCACAGGUUCUUGCUGCCGAGUCCCAGAGCAUGGAGCCCAGUGAGGAGAGAGAGUCUACACCUUCUAUCACAGUGCCAGAAACUGAUAUGGACACUCAGUCAUCAUUGGGCAGGUCAGAGGUCAUUGAACCAGUCAGCCCACCACCCUCCAGAGAGCCCUCCGAGAUGCCACAGGUCUCACAAUCACAAGAGCAGUCUAGUGUGGAGCCCUCUGGGAGAGAAGCAGUGUCCAAGGAAACCCUCACCUCCUCCGAGGCUGAGAUGGUGGUACGACGGGACAGUAACGAGGGGCCAAGUAUCAAACCAGAGGGUGCCACGGGGGAGGUGUCCAGGGCAGAUUCGAACGUAGCCCCCGUAGACAGCUCUGAGAUGAGCAGCAAUGUGGGGGGUGGGCUAGGAGAGGGGAGCAUGGCAGACACCACACAGAGGAGCGAGGAAGAGGGAGGUGAGCCUGUUCUAUCGGAGCCUCCAAGCAACAAGGUCGGUGAAGUGGCCUCUGAAGAAGCAGACGAAAUGGGUGAUAGUGUGGAGCGUGACCCGAGUGAUACUGGUGAUGGUGUAGAGACCAGUGAGGCUGGUGACACUGUGCAGAGUGGAAGUGUAGAGGUGGAAGACACCAUUGAAGAUGUGGAGGGUGACUCUCGUGAUAGUGGUGAGGGUGACCCUCGUGGCAGUGUGGAGGAGGAGUCUGAAGACACUGUAGGAGGUGAAGUUGGUGAGAGUGUAGAGGAUGUGAUAAGUGUGCACGUGGAGAGUGGAUCUCCCGAGCCCGAGACCAGCAAGGGGGUGGACCCUGUGGAGAGUGAGGCUCGUGAGGGGGAAACAGAGGAGGAUGACGAGGAAAUAGAGGGCUCUGAGUCAUCAGGAGAGGAAGAUGACCUCGAAGAAGAGGAUGAGGACGACGGUAGAGGCACGGUUGUAUCGCCCAUUGUCAUCGAGAGCUCCUCCUCCUCCUCCGAAGAUGAUGAGCAAGAACGAGACGAAGAGUACGAGUUAAGAAUGGAGAGCAGCUCAGAUGAAGACGUGGAUGUUGGUGAGGAAACUGCACCUACUGAGAGCGAGCCGUCACAUGACCAGUAUGAGCCUAGUGGUGGACCAGCCUCCAGCUAUGAGUACGUGCCCAGUGGAGCAGGACUGCCUGAGGACGAGCCCAGCGUUAAUCUGGAGAGUGUUCAACCACUACGACCAACUUUCAUGCCAACGAUCCGUCGAGUCCUGAGUCAAGGUCUACUAUUUGCAGAAAGGUCUUCUGCAGUCACUCCAGGCUACGAGGUUCAGGCCGAGGACAGUGUUGUCCCUCACACCCCUGUACUCAAUGAGGGCAAGCAGCUGGGCAUGACAUCUCGUGCACCUCCGCUCCCCCACCCCCUCACAGAGCGCCCCACCCACACUGUCCCACAGACCAUCAGUUCUCUCACCAGUCAGUGCUUGACAGCCUCUGAAGUAGACCCCAGUACCAUCCAGUCCCUGGGGGAGAGUCACAUCGACAUUGGGUCUGCAAUAGUUCCCCCUGCACUAAUGGAGGAGUCACGUGACCUGUCUGUGACUAUUCCAUUGGCCAGCAGCGAGGGGGACAUUCCUGACAUUGACAUUGACAAUAUUGUGGAAGAAGAUGACUCCAGCAGCUCAGAAGGCAAUGACCUUGAGGAGGGUCAGCUAGAUGAUGUAGAGGGGGAGAUGGAGGAACUGUCUGCCGAUGGACCCUCAACGACCACUACCCUCACAGAGUCACAGAGCAGCCUCUCACUUCCAGUCACCAGCAGUGAACCUGUUGUGGCCGUUACCUCCAUCAGUGAGCAAGUUAGCUCAGUUGCCGUGGACACAGGAGAAGAGGACCCACCUCCUGCCAAAAGGAAGCCGGAGCCGAUUGUUUGGAGUGGACAAGGUUCUUCUUCUGGCAGUGUGCCGAGUGUGCCGAGUGCGCCUGGCAGUCGAAGGAAGACUACUAUCAAGAUUCGUCGGAAAGGGGGGAAGGGAGGACAGUCGUAGCUAGCUGGGUCGGUGCUUGAGAUUCAAGGUCUUAAUUAACUGAACUCUUUCUUUGCUAUUGAAUUUUCGUUCUAUUUACCCUAUUACUACAUGUACCAUUUCUAGAUGUACAUUUACAUCGUUUAAUCAGAGCAGCUGUAUAUUGACAAACUUUGUUUCUUUGUGCCCUCCAAUGUGUAAUACAAUAUUAUACAUUCUUGUAAUGUCUACAUGACGUGUAUAAUUAUAGUUUAAUUGUCA